CGCGAGACCCUGAUCCUGCCCUUUAGUGCGUGGAAACAGGAUCGCUCCACCCUGGCCUCUCCUGCUGCCUUGUCCUGCAGCAGCUGGUCUGCAAGGUCCCCUCCAGCUCGUCUCUGCGAGAUCCGCCGCACACGGGUGUCUGCCAGGCCGUCUCUCGCAGCCUACAUGCAUGCAUGGCACAGAUAUUACCCUCGUCCCCAAAUGAGACGCAAAUCGUCAUCACCAUCGACGACACAUCUCCCACCAUCGCCUACGCACCUUUUGCGGAUACGCAUGGUAGCCCCAACCUGACCGCCGGCUGGAACCCGUCCUACUCCGAGACGGGUUUCACGCCAGACCCAGCUAACGGGGAGGGUGUCGGCACCAGUCUGCAUGUGACUUCCGCAGACGGAGCGACACUAUCCCUGCGUUGGAACGGCACUGCUGUAUCACUCUGCGGCUUCUUCCCUACGUCCACAUCGGGGUUUCCGUCCACGGUCUCGUACUCUAUUGCCCUGGACGGAACGGCGACCACGAACUACGCGUUUUCGUUCUCCCCGGACUCCGACCCAGCGAAGAGCGUUCUGGCUUCCUUCACGGACUUGACGAACGGCGAGCACGUCGUCGAGCUUACGAUGCACAAUCCUGACGAUCUCGACGACAUACUUCAGUUCGACCGUGCUGUGAUCACUAGCGGUCUCCCUGCGCAGCCCACGAACCAAUCUUCAAAUGUGACUCUGGUGACCCAGACACUCGCCGACGACUCGGUUUCAUUCCGCGGACAAUGGUCUUUCAACUCUAAUCUGUUGCCCGGCCAGAAUGCAUCGUUCCACAGUAGCAGCAACAUCGGAGAUCAGGCGUCUGUGCGGUUCAAUGGUACAUCAGUGACGCUCGCAGGGCUAACGACACCGCUUUCGGGCUCGUACAAUAUAUCACUGGACAAUGGCGCGCCUGAAACUUUUUCUGCCCGGUCAUCAUUCAACCUCUCGUCGCCCACGCUGCUCUUCUUCCGCACUGGACUCAACGCCGGCGUCGUGCACCAGCUCGACAUCGUCAACGCUGGCGCGUCCGCCGGCGCACAGGGCUCUCUGCUCAUCAUCGGCAGCGUGAAUGUCACCACCGUGGAGGACGGCAACGGGACGCAACCAGCGAUGUCCACGUCGAGGAGACUGGGCGCGGGCACGAUCGCCGCGAUCGCCGUGGGUGCCGCCCUCGCCGUGGUCGUGAUCGUCGCCCUCAGCGUCUGCUACGCCCGCCGUCGCCUCGUCCGGCAGCGCAAACAGGGUUUCAUCGUGAACCCGCGCGUCUCGAACCGCAGGCUGUCGUUUCUCCCACGGCUGCGGCACCACGCCGACCCCGAGAAGAACGAUCGCGGCCGCGUAUCGGUCGAUGCGGAGAUCCUGGACAUCUCGCACAGCAAGGCGGGGGACGGGGACGAGGAUGAGGACGAGGACGAGGAGGCGCGAGGGCGCGGGGACCCCGAGGACCCCCGCGAUGCGCGGCACGCGUCGCAGAACUCGGACGGCAGCUAUGCCAUCAAUCUGCCUGAGCUCCCCGGGCAGAGUUAUGUGCGCGUCCGCACGGAGGGCGACUCUCCCUCGCCGACGCGCAGAUUCGCGUCGACCGCGCCGCUCGCCCAGACGCCGCCUCCACGCACUACCCCCUCGCCUGUCAUCUUCCAUGCCGCCUCUCCCACUUCUUCCAUCCCCCGCAGCCCCAAACCGCGCGGCCCUAGAGAGAUGCGAUCGUCCCUUAGUAUUUCCCGCGAAGGGCCGCAGGGCAUCCUGCUAAAGCGGGUCCAGACUCUGCCUACCGACGCUUCCAUGACUCUCCGCGCAGACAACCAAAAUACUACACUGACCACUUUAUCUCCAUCCAAUAACUCGCCGUUGCGAGUUAACUUCGAAGAAGCCCCCGAAGACAGCGAGUCGAGGCCUCAAAGAAAGUCAACGCGCAGCGUCGCGUCUGCCAUCUCACUUCCCCAAUCUUUGCGCAACGCUUUCCACUGGGGUCACCGCGCCUCCGAGGUGUCCUCGGACAUCCCCACGAGUGAAGGCGAAGUCAGGUCAUAUCCGCGCUAUUCUUUUCUCGACAUGGACUCCUCCGCGUCGCAGUCGAGUGGCUCCCGCUCUGCGCGACAGUCGGCGUCUACCCGAUCAUCUCGUUCGCGCCAGGCCAGCACCGGCCCUGAGUCGAGCAGUGGGCAAUGCAGCAGCGACUCGCAGGCCCCGCGCGACAACCGCAUGUCUCUCGCGCUCUCGAUGACCCUCGCCGGCGGGCCGACGUCGAGCCACCCCUCUCUCUCGCCCGCCAUCUCGCUACAGGCCGUGCCCCUCCCGCCGCUAAGCGUACCCGAGCUGCGCAUCGGCGCAGACGACGCCGACGUCCCGCAGUCGGUGCACCCGACGGACCUCACGGAGCUGCAGCUGCUCCCGUCCCCGACGGACUCGAUCCCGCUCACGGUGAGCGACAUCCACUUCCGGUACUCGACCCAGUCGAGCGCGUCGACGUCUGGCGCCGAGUCCCGCGGCGCGCAACAGCAGCAGCAGCAGCGGCACCCGCCGAUGCCGCCCGCGCCCGCGCCGUCGCUCGCGUCCACGGGGCAGUCCCCGCCAGACACGCGGCCGUACAUCGUGCAGAAGCUCACCGGCUCGCCGAACGCGGGACCGGACCCGUCGACGCCGUACGGCACGCCGCGGUUGUCGGCACCUACGCCGUCGUCGAGCGCGGUCUGGCGCCGGCCGCGCGCCAUUGCGUCGGGGCCGUCGUUCUCGUCGCUCAUGCCGAGCCGGCCGUCUACUCGGGAAUCGUAGCCGACGUGUCAUCUCUCCAGGGGGACCUUGUACAAUACAAGGCCGCCCCCCCCCUUUUAACUUAUUAUUCUGUUGCUUUGCUGUGCCCGGUUCCGCCUUUUCCUCACCGCAUUGUACAGUAGGCAGUGUGCCCCAGCAUGGACAGUUGUACGUAUACCCCGCAUUCUGUCAACCCAUACCAUGUCCCACUGCACGCAUUACUUUUCUUCUUCUCUUUUUGCAUACGCGCCUUGUACGUACUCUAGAGUCGUCUGCUUAUUCUAGUCGCUCUGCUUUCUCCCUGCAUGAACUACGCC